GGCGUGAAUACAAAAACAGGAAGUUGUGUACUGUUAUGAAGUCUGAGCGUUUCGAAGGUGAUUAUUCAAGCUUUCUUUCCAAUAUGUCUAUCUUUCGGGUGGCUACGUUAUUGAUAGCGUUACCAUAUUACGGCUAUGCUCAUACGUCUGCUGUAAACAUCACCACUCUGGGUCUGAGCGAAGACAACUUGAAUCAACUAGCUUCCCCUGUGGCGCAGCAGUCACCCGUCUUUCAAGCUAAUAUCCAAUCCUACUUUUCGCUCAACCUUCUGUCGGUUUUUCCAGAAAAUCUUGAGUUCAGCGAGUACUGCUCCGAACUGCUGGCUAUCUUUGGUCAGCGAUAUUCAGCCUAUACAGAUUGUUUGGUGUCCGCCGCACGUCCUGUCAAAUUAUGCCAAAACUGUUAUGGCACAUACAACGAACUUGGUAAAAUCUACAAAAACAUAUCUUCCUACCAGGGCCCAGGGAAUGUGAGCUGCAGAGACAGCCUCUUGCGUUCUGAUAGGUUGAUGCUGGUGUUCCUGCUCUACAACAACAUGAAGGACAUCUGGCGUGUAUCAGAAUGUGACAGUUGUUUAAACCAGGGACUUGGCCUGACCAACGACACUCUUUACUUCAUGGACACUCUUAACCAAUCCUAUAGAUGCUUUGAAAAGUAUCAGCAGCAGGGCAACCGAUCAGAGCUGUGCAAGGAGUGCAAGGCCACGUACAAAGGGCUGAAUGAGUUGUAUAGCCGCAUGGAGAAGAAUCUCACACUCUGCAUCGACAUUGAGGACUCGAUGAAUAUGACCCGCGGACUGUGGAGCAAGGAGUUCAAUUGUUCCUUCCCCCGGGCGGAGACGGUUCCUGUCAUCGCCGUGUCCAGCUUCAUGCUCUUUCUGCCCAUCAUCUUCUACUUGAGCAGCUUCCUUCACUCGGAACAAAAGAAACGCAAGCUCAUACACCCCAAACGAGCCAAGUCCAACGCCAGCUUCAUGAACAUUCAGGACAAGUUGAGCUGAGGAAGAGCAAGCUAAAGAUGAGGAUGAAGAGUCCCCUCCCUUAUUUGUUGAAAAAAAACUCCUGGAUGAAAAUGUAACAUGCCGUUAACCUUGUGGCUGUGGUUUCUAGCAACAGUGUAUUGACAGUGGAUUCAAAGAGCGCCCCCUGUGGGAAAGGAUGCCUUCCAACAUUAUUGAGUGUGAUUUUCUUAAGAUAUUACCGCAAACAGACAACUAAGAUUUUUAAUGGAAGAUGAGUUGUAAUUGUGCUGUUCGUGUCCCAAUUUGAACACCAAUCCCAAUAACUGGUUUGUGAAUGAAGCACACACUAUGACUACUGAGUUACCAGCAAUCGGGAGCUGGAGUUUUUUUUUGUGUGUGUUAUUAUGUUUGUGAGAAGAGAUGAGAAUAUUUUUCUUUUUUUGUCCUUAAUGUAACUCCUACGAUAAGAUGGGCUGAUGGGCAGGCAGAUGGACAGACAAAGUACUUGAUGUCCAUUAGUUAUGACAUAUUCCUGCUGUGUAAAAGUGGAUGACAGCUAAGAUGGAGACUCUUUUUUUUUUUUUUUUUUUUUUCAAGCAUUGUAAAAGCACUCCAGGAUGUCACAGAACAUGGGCACUAGAAUGUCCUAGCCCUUUCAAGUAUGAUUUUUUUCUUCCUAUGUACAGAGAGCUGUUUGUUUUUAUGUCCUACUGGUUAUAACACACUGAACUUGCUGUUUGUGUUUUUUCCUUUAUCCAAUAAUGAACAUCAGAUUAAUAUCUAUGGUGAUAGAUUGCAAUUUAGGUGAUUAUGUAGCAGUUUUAUUGCCUCAGAAGUGGCUUUCAGUUUGUGAUGCAUUCAUUUAUAAUAAUCUAGGACGAUUUCAGAAUGCAAAUGCUGCCCUCGUGACUUUUUUACUUUAUACUGCAAUAGCAGUAACUGUUAACUUAUUUUUCCCAUUAACCUGUACUGUUUCUGCUAUCGCUUUGUUCAAACUAAAAAUGGUAAUGCACUGAUUUUCUUCAUCCUGCAAUUUUUAAUGGUACUGUUUUAGGAUUAAUGUUUUCUAGAGUCACUAUCAAUUAAGAGAUCAGAUAGAAAUAAUAAAUUAUUAAAUAUAUAUA